AUGAAUGCUCAUGUUAUAAAUGAUCCUUUAGCUGUGAUAUAUAAUGAGGGGCUAUGGCGAAUAAACAAAGUAUCACCAAUGUACAAUUUGCAAUACAGUGAAGUCAAAUUAAAACAAUAUGCUUUUAAAAUACGACAAACAUUCGCGAGUACAGUGGCUAGUAAUGCCUCGCAAAAGUUCACGGUGCAAGUAGAUAAUCUGCCACUUUUAAAAUUUUCAGAAGAAGAUUCAAAUGGCUUAAUGAUAACAGUUUCCUCAACCACCCAAGAUAAUAAAACGAAACUAGUGUAUUCAGCAGUUCUUCUGUCUUGGGGUUUAAGUGUAAAUAUAAAUGAUGCUAUCCAUUUGCCUUACAUGCUUGACCGAGGAGAACAAAGGGUCGGCAACAGUGUAAAGAACACACUCCAGACUUUAUUUGAUUGCAAUAUAAAACAAUAUAAUUUCACCCAGCAUCAGCUUCUACAGUUUGGUUUUAGUUUUAUUGAACACGACACAUCCAGAAGUACAGAUCCAAUUGUUCUCAUAUAUAAAACACCACAAGUUAAUUUCAAGGACAAACUUACUUUGACAUUUGAUGUAGGAGACUUGCAUAUUAUAUGGAAUGGGAUAAAAGAAGAGGUAAAUAGGGAAUCGGAACAGGUUUCUUUGGCAUAUCAAAUACUACAGAAUCAAAUUUAUCAUACACUCACACUGGAUAUAACUGUGUUUGACUUGUGUGAAAUUAUACUAUCAAAGGCUGAAGUUAAAAGUAAUGGGGUAUUGAAAAUGAAAACACCUGAAAUUGUUAAUGCCGUGUUCACUGUUUUAAAUGAAAUAACUGGACUUGAAGCUUAA